AUGGGGGCUGAGUGUAAAACAGUUGAUGUGAAGAGAGCAUUUACUCUUCAGCCUGGAGGAUCUGUUACUAUUCCAUGUCAUUAUGACAGAAAAUAUAUUCAACAUAAGAAAUACUGGUGCUAUAGUUACUAUGCAACAUACAAUUACUGCUCUAUUCUGGCAUCCGCUAAUGAUACUAAGGGAAUAGUGUCAGUAGUUGAUCAUCCUGAUCAGAGUUUAUUUACCGUCACUAUGAGAAACCUGCAGGAUCAAGACACUGGAGCUUACUGGUGUGUUGUGGAAAUUGAAGGGAUUCUAAAUGUGGAUGUGACCGAGUAGCUUCAUCUCUCAGUCCAAUCAGUUCCUGAUGUGUCUGUGGUGUCCAGCAGUGUAUCUGGAGAUGAAGGUGGUAAUAUCAGUGUAAAGUGUCUCUACAGUUCUGCAUAUAAGAAUAAACACAAUCAGUGGUGCAGAUAUAAAGACAAGAGUUGUUACACAUCCCAGAGUUCAUCAGUUGAGAUCAGUGAUGAUGAGAGAGCAUCUUUCACUGUGCUGAUGUCUGGACUGAUGCUGGAGGAUUCUGGCUGGUACUUCUGCUCUGUAGGAGAUCUACACGCUCCUGUUCAACUCACAGUCACUGGAACCUGCAGGUUUUCUACAGUUACUGAAACAACAGCAGCCAUUUUUGUUUGGUCUCUCUAAAAAAAAACAUUUUCUUGUAUUUUUG